AUUUCCGGGUGUCAGUAUGCGUCGCUCUGCAGCGGCUGGUGGUGGGACCAGUUAAGAUGUAAGCAGAGAAGCGGACAUUUUUACUUAACAUUAACGGUUACUGUAGUCUAAAUACAUACACUACAAGGUUUCAUACACAGUUGCCCACGUUUCUCGUGAAAGAAGGCCCGGUAGCGAUACCCUGGCAAACGGACUCGCCACCGACGGACCGGCAGCCAUUUUUGCAAGUAUGGCUGGGGAGGUUCGGGAGGCCUGCUGGGGCCGUAGCCUGGAGCGAGCUCAGCCCAGGGGUUGUUUAUCACUGUCGCGGACGCUCCUCUCUUUCGUCGCCGUUGCAGUUCUGGUGCAACUGCCGUCUCUCGCCGAAGCAAAAGAAUGCGAAAAGCCCUGCAUGAAUGGAAAGUGCAAUGCCGCCACUGGUAACUGCCUUUGCGACCCGGGCUGGGUUGGGGACCAAUGCCAACACUGCGGCGGCCGCUUCAGGUUGUCGGGGCCCUCUGGCUUUCUCUCCGAUGGACCAGGAAACUACAAAUACAAGACUAAAUGCACCUGGCUCAUAGAGGGACAGCCUAACAGCAUACUGCGGUUGCGGUUCAACCACUUUGCAACGGAAUGCAGCUGGGACCACCUGUAUGUCUAUGACGGAGACUCCAUUUAUUCCCCUUUGCUGGCUGCCUUCAGUGGCUUGAUUGUCCCGGAGCGCUAUGGUAACGAGACAGUCCCUGAAGUGGUUGCCGAGUCCGGAUUCGCCCUCCUCCACUUUUUCAGUGAUGCCGCGUACAACCUGACCGGCUUCAACAUCUCCUACAGGAUAAACACGUGUCCCAAUAACUGCUCAGAUCAGGGUGUGUGUCGUGAGGGUGAGGAUGGGGGUGUGCUGUGUGAGUGUGACGCGGGCUGGAAGGGCCACGCGUGCGAUAUCCCAUCAUGCCCGGCUGACUGCGGCCAGCCCCACAGAGGAUCCUGUCGCGCUGGCACCUGUGUCUGCAAGUCCAGCUGGCAAGGGACAGACUGUUCCAUCCCCGUCCCAGGAAAUGUUUCCUAUUGGACGAGAGCGGAGUUUGAUGGCCAGGGCCUGGCCCGGGCCUCCCAUAAAGCCGUGGUGCAUGAGGGCCUCAUGUGGGUGGUGGGGGGCCACACGUUCAACUACACCGACUACCAGAUGGUCAAGGCGUUCAAUCUGUCAUCUCAGAGCUGGAUGAGCCUGAACCCAUCUGUGAACUCUGUGACCCCUCGCUAUGGCCACUCUCUGGCCAUACACAAGGAUAAGCUUUACAUGUUUGGAGGCAAGAUUGAUUUCACUGGGAACGUCUCGGCUGAGCUGUGGGUAUUCCAUAUCCGGAACCAGUCCUGGGUUCUGGUGCCGGCGCGGGUUAAGGAACCAUAUGCGGUGGUGGGCCACUCGGCGCACGCAGUCCAGAUGAAACCGGACGGGUCAGAACCGGUUAUGCUGGUCGUCUUCGGCCACUGCCCCCUCUACGGCUACAUCAGCAAGGUCCAGCAGUACAACAUCAUGAAGAACGAGUGGACAGUGCUGGACCCUCGGGGUGCGCUGGUGCAGGGUGGCUACGGCCACAGCAGUGCCUACGACCCGCACACACGCGCCAUCUUCAUCCAUGGCGGCUACAAGGCCUUCAGCGCCAACAAAUACGGCCUGGCUGGGGACCUGUACCGCUACGAUGUCGACAAGAACAUGUGGAGCAUUCUGAAGGACGGCGGAUCUUUCCGGUACCUGCACACAGCAGUCAUAGCCAGCGGCACCAUGCUGCUGUUUGGCGGGAACACGCACAACGACACCAGCAUGAGCCACGGCGCCAAGUGCUUCUCCUCCGACUUCAUGGCCUACGACCUUGCGUGCGAUGAGUGGUCCAUCUUACCCAGGCCAGAUGUGCAUCACGAUGUUAACCGUUUCGGGCACUCCGCUGUCUUCAGCAACAGUAUGAUGUAUGUGUUUGGAGGCUUUAACAGUCUCCUGCUGAGCGACGUUCUGCAGUUCUCCCCGGUGAGCUGCGCCGCGUUCGGCAGCCAGGACGAGUGCCUGUUGGCCUUUCCGGGCGUCCGCUGCGUGUGGAACGCCACCACCAAAGCGUGCCGGCCCUGGGAGACCGCCUCGCUGGACCAGCAGGAUCAGCUGCUCAACACCUGCCCACCCAAGACCUAUGCUGAUAAUGGCACAUGUAACCAGUACUCCGACUGCUACAGCUGUACAGUGAACACAAACGGAUGCCAGUGGUGCGCUGACCAGUGUGUGUCCUACGGCAGCAACUGCACCUCUGCAGCGGGUGCAGUGGCAGAAUAUGAGGCUUGUCCAAAGGACAACCACUCGUACGUGUGUAAUAAGAAGACCAGCUGCAAGAGCUGUGCCACUGACCAGAACUGCCAAUGGGAGCACAGGAACCAGGAGUGCAUCACCCUGCCCGAGAACAUUUGUGGGGAGAACUGGCACCUGGUGGGGAACUCGUGCCUGAAGCUGGUCACAGCCAAGGACAACUACGACAACGCCAAGCUUCAGUGCCGCAGCCACAAUGCCGUACUGGCUUCGCUCACCUCCCAGAAGAAGGUGCAGUUUGUGCUCAAGGAGAUGCAGAGCCGAUCCCUCCCGAAUAAGGUGGUGUCACCCUGGGUGGGCCUGAGGAAGAUUAAUGUGUCGUACUGGUGCUGGGAGGACAUGUCCCCCUUCACCAACUCCCUGCUGCAGUGGUUGCCAGGGGAACCCAGUGGCGCUGGUUUCUGUGGAUACCUGGCUGAGCCCACCUCCUACGGCCUCCGCGCUGCCAACUGCAUCAGCCCAGUCAAUGGCAGCCUGUGUGAGCGCCCAGCGAACCACAGUGCCAAGGCGUGCCGCACCCCGUGCGCCCUGCGCUCCACCUGUGGCGAGUGCACCAGCAGCAACUCUGAGUGCAUGUGGUGCAGCAGCAUGCGGCAGUGUGUGGACUCCAACGCCUACGUCGCCUCCUUCCCCUACGGACAGUGCAUGGAGUGGUACACUAUGAACAGCUGCCCACCGGAGAACUGUUCUGGCUACCGGACGUGUGGUCACUGCCUGGAGCAGCCGGGCUGCGGCUGGUGCACCCACCCCAACAACACUGGGAAGGGCCAGUGCAUGGAGGGCUCGUACCGCGGGCCCAUGCAGACGCUGCUGCCCGCCCCCUCAUCCAGCCCCGCCCCUGGGGCCGUCAGCGUGCGCCAGUCACUCCCACUGCCGCCCGUCAUCAACGCCUCCAUGUGCCCGCUGGACAACAGAUACAACUGGUCCUUUAUACAGUGCCCAGCGUGCCAGUGUAACGGCCACAGUCAGUGUUUGAACGAGAGUGUGUGUGAGCGGUGUGAAGACCUCACCACCGGACGACACUGUGAGAGCUGCAUCGCCGGCUACUAUGGAGACCCCACUAACGGUGGAUCCUGCCAACCCUGUAAAUGUAAUGGCCAUGCUAGCAUGUGCAACGGCGGCAACGGCAAAUGCUUCUGCACCACCAAAGGCAUCAAAGGAGAUCGAUGCAAUCAGUGUGAAGUUGAGAAUCGUUACCAAGGCAACCCACUCAAGGGCACCUGCUACUACACUCUGCUGAUUGAUUACCAGUUCACCUUCAGCCUGUCCCAAGAAGAUGACCGCUACUACACCGCCAUCAACUUUGUGGUCACCCCUGACGAGCAAAAUCGGGAUUUGGAUAUGUUCAUCAACGCAUCCAAAAACUUCAACCUCAACAUCACCUGGGCCACCAGUUUUGCAGCUGGUACUCAGGCAGGAGAGGAGGUCCCUAUUGUCUCCCGUAGCAACAUGAAGGAGUUCAAGGACAGCUUCUCCAACGAGAAGUUUGAUUUCCGGAGCAACCCCAACAUCACCUUCUUUGUCUAUGUCAGCAACUUCACCUGGCCCAUAAAGAUCCAGAUUGCCUUCUCUCAGCACAAUAACUUCAUGGAUCUAGUGCAGUUCUUCGUCACGUUUUUCAGCUGUUUCCUGUCACUGCUCCUGGUUGCUGCUGUUGUCUGGAAGAUCAAGCAGAGCUGCUGGGCGUCACGGCGACGAGAGCAACUCCUGCGUGAGAUGCAGCAGAUGGCUAGUCGACCCUUCGCAAGUGUCAGCGUCGCCCUGGAAACAGACGAGGAACCACCAGACCUGAUUGGUGGAAAUGUUAGGAGCACCCCAAAGCCCAUUGCCCUAGAGCCCUGCUACGGCAAUAAGGCAGCUGUGCUGUCAAUCUUCAUCCGGUUACCCCGGGGAUCAGGAGGAGUCCCACCCCCUGGCCAAUCAGGUUUUGCGGUGGGCAGUGCUCUGGUGGACAUCUCUCAGCAGAUGUGUCUGGGCUACAAGGAGAAGUCCGGAGGCAUGCGGAGCCGCAAGCAACAGCCUCUGGCGCAGCCAGCCACCUGCAUCUGACCUCCACCUCCCGCCAGCGACCCUUUGACCCCAAGCUGAACUCCAACCCCAUGCCCCUCCCUUCCUCCCCCCAACCUUUCCCCAGGACUGAGCCAUGUGACAUGGGGAGGGGUUGAUGCGUUGGCCAGGGGGCAAGACCCAGCAAGCAGCAUGGGGGGGAAGUGGCUUCGUAGCUUGCUCUAAGCGUUAUGGACACUUAGGCACAACAAAUAGACAGAAUGCCACACGGACAGAGGAAUGGACGGACUGGUGGACAGACAGAUGACCGAAUGGAUUUGUAGAAAGACUGGUAGUUUACGUAACCCCCCCCAGGAACUUUUUACACAGGAUUAUUUCUUCCCGAGUUCCGCCAACGUCAUUCUUAAUUUAUUGAUAUUAAUUGCUGUUUUCAUUUUUUGUUUUUUUGCUAUUGUUUUGUUUUUUUCCUUGUUAUUUUUAUUUUUUGCUUUUUUUGUUUUUAUUGUCACAACAAAUCAGCUGCUCAGGCCAGUGUCACUUGCAGUGUGUACGUUACUAUAGUAACCCAGAGCCAUCCAGAAUGGCUAAUGGCUGCCAACACUUAGCAGUUAGCAGUGUGCCACAGUAGCACGCGGGAUGCUAACAGAUAGUCAGUGCACACAUCCCACUGUUUGACAGCUUAGCAGGCAACUGCAAUGCUCCGUCUGGAGUCCCCUGCAGUGCCGACAGGCCCUAUAAGGGAGUGUUGACACCCUGUGAACAGGCUGCAUUGCUAGCGUAUGUUAGCUUAGCGAGCGUAGUCUCAGUGGAGUCCAAGCUGAGGACUGGCGCCGUCGUGUUCUGAUGCGUCUCAGCAGGGCAGCGCCAGCAAGACUAGUUGAAAGAGAUGACUGUUCUGCUCAGGAGCUACUUGAAUCGUGGGGUCACUCGUCCUUUCACAUCUGAUUCAUUGUGUGUGUGUGUGUGUGUGUGCGCGCGCACGUUUGAAUGUUUGCCUACUGUAUGAAUGUGUGUGAAAAUCUGUGCAUGUGGUGUGUCUUCAACAAGAAUGCUUUGUCAUUGUCAGUGUUUGUAAAGCCAUCGGCGAAUCUUUCUUGACGACUCUGAAUAGUAAUCUUGACUACUCUGAAAAGGAAAGAAAACACACACACAUUCACACACAGACAUCACCAACCCACACAAAAUAUCAGAGCUUAGGGUCUCUGACUUCUCCCACUUUUCGGACAUUUUGCAAAGUUUGUGCCAGGAACAUAUUCCUGGUGUCAUUCACUACAUAAGAUAGGAUGUGUGUGUGUGGGUUUGUUUCUUGUGAUGAGAGAGAGAGAGAGAGAGAGAGAGACAGAGAGAGAUAAUCACACUUAUUCUCCCAUUUCUGCCUUGAUCUGUUGUAUUUCCAGUCAGGCCCUGUUUUUCUUAUCUGAGGUCAGUCCCAUCCUUCAGCAGCAUUCUGGCCGUGCUGGGAGACUCAACCACUGGGCAGGAGAUGGAGGCUAGCAGACAGGGGGAGGGCUAGCAGCUGGCCAGGGGAAAAUAAAGAGUGCACCCAGCCACAUAUUUGGGGAAAAGGUUUUUCUAAAUGCCAGAAAGCCCUUUUGGGUCACCAAACCGAGACAUACAGAACACACACACAAAUACUCACACCCACACACACACUCACACACAUUCACAAAUACUCACACCCAUAUACACACACACACACACACACACACUGACACAUUAACAAGUUCUCACCCAUACA